AGAAGAAGAAACAGAAAUAAGCAUGGUGUUUGUAUUUUCUUUUGGGAAUCUCCGCAUCUUUCUCUGACCUAGAGACCUUCGGAAAAAGCUUGAACGUCGAUGGCGGUUCCCGGCAGGCGCAACGGCAUGGUAGACGAAGACGACUACGAGGAAGAUAAUGCCCUCUUUGAAGAGGAUGGUGUCAUUGAAUUCGAUUCCGAUACGCCCCCUCACCUCCGCGCCCUAGCUACCGCCGCCCAGCUUGGCGACGUUGAUGGCCUUCGCACCGCUCUAGAUAACUUAACGGUGGGAAGUAUAAAUGACGCUGUGGAAGAUGGGGAUACUGCUCUCCACCUUACCUGUCUCUAUGGCCAUCUGCCAUGUGUCCAGUUGCUGCUUGAAAGAGGAGCAGCCUUGGAGGUUCAAGAUGAAGAUGGUGCCAUUCCUUUGCACGAUGCUUGUGCAGGGGGUUUUGUAGAGAUUGUUCAACUCCUUAUAAACAGUGCUAAUGACACAGAGUGCGUGAAGAGGAUGCUAGAAUCAGUAGAUGCGGAAGGUGACACUCCUCUUCAUCAUGCUGCAAGAGGCGAGCAUGCCGCAGUUGUAAGGUUACUCCUAGCUUCAGGGGCAUCUCCCACGAAGGAAAAUGUAUACGGGAAGGCCCCAACUGAGCUUCCCGAUCCAGGGACAGAGGCCAGAAUGAUUUUGGAAGCUGCUUCUGCCCACAUGGCGGUGGGGUGUCAGUAGGCUCCAUCUGAUAGGUUCUUCAAAAUGACAAAUAAUUUUUUGGACCUUGCAGUUUUGGUUUUAGUUUGUAGCUUUGUUGAUAAUGUUUCAGUUUUCUUUGUCUCAACCUUGUUCUACUAUAAUAUAGAGUUGCUUUAAUGUUUAGAUUAUGAAAUUAUUUAUCAUACUGAUGAAGUAGACCUUGUUAUUUUACAACCUCUAUGAAACUUCUUUAAUAUUUGUUUC